AGAUGAGCUUCCUAGAACAAGGAGAGAACACUUCAUGGCCAUCACCGGCCAUGAGCACUGGCUCAGAGAGAAGCCAUGGGAAACAGGGCACCAAGGCCUCGCGAUGGACAAGGCAGGAGGCUGUGGAGGAAAGGGAGCUGCUGGGUCUGGGGGAAGAUCCAACUGAUUCCCAGGCCAGGCCACCUGCUGAGUACGCCGGGCUGGAGACCACAUUCCCCGAGGCGACGCAUUUGUCCCAAGCUGCUCCCUUGGCCCGGUUGGGCUCCGCACCCACAGAGUGGGACAUCUUCCCCUCCGACGACGUAGCCUCAACAGCGGGCUCCAGCACAGAUGGUCUGGAGCUAGACCUAGAGUUCCCGGCCACUGGGGCCUGGGGGUACGAGCUGGGCAUGGUGGAAGAGAGGCCUGCCUUGUGCCCCUCCCCGCGGGCCCUCCUACCCAAGCCGGGCUGGGACGAUGAGCUGCAGAAGCCGGAGGCCCAGGUCUACAUGCGUUUCAUGCAGGAACACACCUGCUACGAUGCCAUGGCAACCAGCUCCAAGCUGGUCAUCUUCGACACCACGCUGGAGAUCAAGAAGGCCUUCUUUGCCCUUGUGGCCAACAGCAUCCGGGCGGCACCUCUGUGGGACAGCAAGAAGCAAAGCUUUGUGGGGAUGCUGACCAUCACGGAUUUCAUCUUGGUGCUGCACCGCUAUUAUAGGUCCCCGCUGGUCCAGAUCCAUGAGAUUGAAGAACACAAGAUUGAGACCUGGAGAGAAAUCUACCUUCAAGGCUGCUUCAAGCCUCUGGUCUCCAUUUCUCCCAACAGCAGCCUGUUUGAAGCUGUCUACAUCCUCAUUAAGAACCGGAUCCACCGUCUGCCUGUCCUGGACCCAGUCUCGGGCGCCGUGCUCCACAUCCUCACACACAAGCGGCUGCUCAAGUUCCUGCAUAUCUUUGGCGCCCUGCUGCCCCAGCCCUCCUUCCUCUCCCGCACCAUCCAAGAUCUGGGCAUCGGGACAUUCCGGGACUUGGCCGUGGUGCUGGACACAGCACCCAUCCUGACGGCACUGGACAUCUUUGUGGACCGGCGUGUGUCUGCGCUGCCGGUGAUCAAUGAAGCUGGACAGGUUGUGGGCCUCUACUCCCGCUUUGAUGUGAUUCACUUGGCCGCCCAGCAAACCUACAACCACCUAGACAUUAGUGUGAGAGAAGCAUUGAAGCAGAGGACACUGUGUCUGGAGGGGGUCCUUUCCUGCCAGCCCCACGAGAGCUUGGGGGAAGUCAUCAACCGCAUCGUCCGGGAGCAGGUGCACCGGCUGGUGCUAGUGGACGAGAGCCAGCAUCUCCUGGGCAUCGUGUCACUCUCCGACAUCCUUCAGGCACUGGUGCUCAGUCCUGCUGGUAUCGACGCCCUCGGGGCCUGAGAGUAUCUGAGUCCUUCCUCCCAGGCCACCUCUCACACGCCGAAGAUGACGAAGGGAGCCAGGGGACCUGGCCCCCGUCUUCCCCCACCCCUGUUUGCUGGUUUGGCCCUGGUUCAG